GGUUGAAAAACUCCCUGGUGGCCCAUGACAUGGCAUUUGAGAUGACACGGGCUCCUUGGAGCCCAGAGCAGCAGAUAGAGCGGCCACGACUCACCAAGAAAGUCCUGGACACAGAGGACCAGGCUGCCUUCCGACUCCAGUCAAAGAUGCCCAGAUACAUCUACUUCGCAGCCAACAGCAAAAACAAGUGGGGCCACCAGCGUGGUUACAGGAUCCAGAUCACCAGUUUUGCAGGGGACCACAUCCCUGAAGCCAGCUCCAUGGAGAGAGCCAUCAGCUGGGCAAGGUACCAGCUGGCUGUCACCCGGCGGAAGGAGGAGGAGCCCACCAGCACCAGCAUCUACAACCAGAAUGACCCCUGGACACCCACCGUCACCUUCGCCGACUUCAUCAACAACGAGACCAUCACCAAUGAGGACCUGGUUGCCUGGAUAACCACUGGAUUCCUUCACAUCCCACACUCUGAGGAUAUUCCCAACACUGUGACUGUGGGAAACUCGGUUGGUUUUCUCCUGAGACCCUACAACUACUACGACCUGGACCCCUCUAUAUACUCCCACGAUGGUGUGUUUUUCACCAACGAACAGGACUUCAUGGCAUGUGAAAUCAACCCUCUCGCCUGCCUGCCCAAAACUGCCUCUUGUUUGCCAAACUUUCCCCCAUUCACCUAUGAUGGUUUUCAAAACAUGAGCAGGCUUUAGUGCUGCAGGAUGGUGUGAGGAGAUGCGGUCAGAGACACCAGGUUGACUCUUCUGUCUCAGAUUUUCUUAUUUUAGUGAAGUUGUCUCAAUUUCCAGUUGUGUAAUGACUUCACAUUUUAUCAUUGCUUUUGAAAUAGUGCUCUUGAAAAAGGAAGCAUGAUCUUCCUGGCAUGGUGCCACAUGGGAGUCUAUGUUAUCUGUUAAUUGCUGAGUUUGAGUCUGUUUCAGGAGGAAA